UUUAUCUUAAUUAUUCCUUUUUUCGAGAAACCAGAAUGUCUGGAAUAACGAAAUUAUUAACAAAGAACCAGCAAUGGUCAAAGCAAGUUAAUCCGGAUGUAUUAAAGAAAGCAUCUGAGGGUCAGUGGCCAAGCGUUUUGUGGAUUGGCUGCAGUGACAGCAGAUGCUCUGAGGCUAGCAUCCUAGAGAGCGAACUAGGCGAGGUAUUCACCCACAGAAAUAUCGCUAAUCAGUUCAACAAGAAUGACUUCAACGCAAAGUCUGUCGUCGAUUACGCGAUCAACCACCUCAACAUCAAGGAGGUUGCCUUGUGUGGACAUACCAGCUGCGGCGGUAUGGCUGCGAGCAAGGCUGUCUUAGAAGGUGGACAGGCAGAUCCAAACAGCCCUAUCACCCAGUGGUUGUCUCCGUUCAUCACGCACUGCAGCCAAUUAAAGAAGGAGAUGUCGAUUGAGGAGAUUACUCUCGAGAACAUAAACUACAACAAGAAGAACUUGGUAGAAUACAUCAACAACGAGAAAAUAAUCGUUAAAGGACUUCUCUUUAAUAUAAAAUCUGGUGAAAUUCAAGAAAUUUAAUAAAUUCCAUUCAAAUUCCUUAGUUUACUUUCUUGUACUCUUACGCUGAUGAGAGAUGUCAAAUCUAAUUAAAUUCAAUCAA